AUGAACUUAAAAAGAGACUCAAGUUGCAAAAGUAAACAAACCAAGGGGACCAUCUUGUAUUUAGGCAACCGAAAACUCUCUACGCUCCAUUGCUCCAAUAUAAAUGAUCCCACGUACGAUAAAAAAAAAACCCAUUACGAGAAUCAGAGCACGCAAUAUAAAAACAACGGGACUUCGAUAUUACCCACUUAUCACCGCAGUGAUGCCACUGACGUAGGACUUAUUUCUAUUGCUUCUACCUGUCCAUUUUUGUCUGCAAUCAGUUUAUGGAAUUGUUAUUCUGUUAGCGAUGGUGGAUUGGAAAUCUUAACAAAAUCAUGUAAAUCCUUAAAAGAAGUGUAUCUUGGAGGUUGCGAGAACAUAACCGACAAGGGGAUUUUGUCUCUCAACCAAAAUUGUCGUCAACUUAGAACACUUCAAAUAUCUUGGUGUCAAAAAAUUCAUGGUGUUGGCUUGCAAGGGAUAUCUCCUACCUUAACUUGUCUAGAAUUUAAAAACUAUGUGUGGGAUCCAGUUCUUUAUAGAAUUUUUAGUGAAGGGUCCCUCGAGUAUCUAAGCAUUUGCAUUUCCGUUCCUUAUGACUCGUACUUAAGACAGGCGGAAAUUGAUUUAGGAUUUGCUUCAAAUCUUAAAAUCCUCGACUUUAGAAACUGCAAGCGCGUUGGGGAUAACACGAUUAAGAAAAUCUCAAUGGGGUGUCCAAUGCUGAAAGAGUGGAACUUAUCAUUUUGUGAUAAUGUUCGGCUACCAGGUUGGGAGUGGAUUGGUUUUUACUGUCAAAGUUUGGAGAGACUUCAUGUGCACAACUGUCGAAAUUUCUGUGAUCAAGGAUUACUUGCUUUGGGUAAUGGCUGCCGACUCCUAUCAGUCAUAUACAUGAGUGAUUGCCGCCAAAUCACUCCAUCUGGGAUUCAAGCUUUCAAGACACAGAGAGAGGAUGUGGAGAUCAGCGAUAUACAACUCACAACAAUUGCACCCAGUUGGGCAUUUACGUUUAGGGGGCAGGAAAAUCAAUUGAAGCUUAAAGAUUCCCCGCUAUGAUUUCUUAUUCUGAGUUGUGUAAGUUUGAUAAAUUCAUGUAUUUCCAAGAAUUUGAACUUCAGAACCCAUAUGCCUACUUUUAGAUUGUAAUAAGUGUCAAUUUGCGAUGGAGUUAAACGUUUGGAACUCAGAUUCUAACGUUCACGUUUAAUGUACUCUCGUUCUACCUUUGACAAUAUGAUAUCGUGUCUUGGAAA